GGCCCUCUCCGUUGGUCCUUCGCUCACCAAGAUACGAGAACCUGCAAAUUAACGAGUUGAUAAUAAAUAUUGGCGCUUAAAAGAUACUCGCAUCAAUCGUUCACAACAAUAUCCUGUUUUUUCAUCAUUGCAACUGGCCGAGGAGGCCGUUUGUGGUCCAUUAAUGAGCAUCUGACCGGCAACCUGCUGCCAUCACUUGCAUCCCCGAUCCUUUGAAACGAUGGAAAGCUACCUUCCUCUCGAACUGUGGAUACUACUCGCUGAUCAGAGAUUGCCAAAGAAGACUCUUACCACCUUGUGUCUGACAUCCAAGACACUCAAUGAAAUCUUCAGACCUGUGCUUUACCGUGAGAUUGUGCUGCCGGAAUCUGCAGAUGAGGAUGAACUUCAGUGGAAGUAUCGACAACUGCAGGCCAUCUCCCAACUUCCUAUUGAGACCCACCUUCGCCACAUACGUCGAUUAGACCUCAAUUAUAUUGAGUCAGCUAUUUUAGCUUGCCUUUGCACUUGUUUUUAUUAUAUGAAAAAUCUCGAAAACUGUUCCAUCAGCACGAUUCCUGACUCCGCACCUUAUUUCCGUCUUAAUAAAAUCAGGGACAUCUGCCUCGAUCUAUCAAAGAUUACAAGCCAUGUUCAGGGACGUUAUAUUCGGCCAGAUCUUCCAAAGUUCAGAAACCUGCAUAGUCUAGACUUGAGGAGUCUGAGGGGUAAUCUGAAAAUUCUGGGCACGAGUAUUGCUAGAAUUCUUUUUGUAAGUGUGAAGGUGUCGGCAUUUCUAGUAAAUGCCUUUCUUGAUGUUCAGUUUGCCCUGCCUUGAAUUUAGAAUCUACUUUUUUUCUUAGAUCUAGAGUGUUCAAACCCGAAGUAUCGUUAGAUUCUUAGGUCUACAUCUGGUUAGCAAAGAGUAUCUCUGGGUGUUAAAAUGCGAGAUUGCUAUGCAAUUCAUUCACGCGUAUCGCUAUGUGGAGAGGCUUCUCUUCCAUUCAUUUUUUUAUUCUUACCUUUUGUCCCGUGACGUUUUUCCAGUCAUUCUUUUCCUUAUUGAGAGCCGUUUGAUACAUAGAUAGCUCAUAUCACCUAGAACGAUGGUAUGCCUACCGUCACGGCACUCGGUCUCGAUGUAGAUGGCCUCCAGGGAAGCAACACCACAAGUAAUUUAUUCCUGGAUAUUUUCGCAGAAUUCGACAAUUUGAGACGAGAAGAUGAAAAGCCCGACCUUCGAUUGAACUUGCGAGAUCUCAUAUUGGGAAAGGGAAUGUACCAUCAAUCCCCUGCCAUGGACGUGCAAUACGACUAUAAGCAGUGGCGAUUAUCAAAACUUUUAGAUGUAACGAAGCUUCGUACAUUACGGCUGUUGAACGACCCAUGUACUGAAGGCAAUUACUGGGUGCCAUAUAAAAGUAUACAUUUGGAGUUAUUUGAUGGCAUCACUGCUCUCCAGAGAGUUUCUGUGGAAUUCCUGAGUCAAGAAGUCCUACAAUUACUUCAUCAUUUAAUUAUGAUGAAAAAUUCAUCGAAUCAAACGACCCUGCGGGAGUUUCAAGCAACCCUCGAUAACACGGUUCACUCGCAAAUACCUGGCUCUCCUAGUCUCUCUGAGGUUGUAGCUCUGCUUUUGCAAUUCAAAUGGCGUCAACUAUUGUUAUCAGGUGAUGAAAGUUGCAUGGACCAAAUCUACGAGGCUUCCUGGGAUGAGCCUUCAUACCAGUGGGAAGAGUUGGGAAUUUUGUGGAUUAAUUGGGAACAACAUCGCGAUACACUUCUCCAGCUCUCGAAACUUCGCAUUUUAAUGUUCUCUUACGCCACAGUAACUAUUAGUGGUAAGCGCUCACAAGUUAUAACGUGUAUAGAGGAUGCAUUUGAUCUUUCCAAGAGGAUAUUUACUGCGUUUCAAGAACGUGCGGCAAAUCAAAAGAGGAAUUCAAACCUAAGGUAUAUCGGUAUUGAGGGCUGGGUUUUUACUUCUUUGCGGUUGCCUUUUUCUGGGCCUAAUGAUGAGCGCACUGGAGCUGAGAUCGUGCAGCUUGAUAAGGAAGAAGCUAGAGCAUUUGAUUUUAUGCGGAUGAAUGAAAAAUUAUUGGGUGUUAAGUAUAGGUUGGGUAGAAGGUAGUAAUAUGGAUAUUGUUGUAUGCGGAGAAGGAAGGGAUAUUGUCUAAGAUGUUCCAGAUAGAUCAUUUUGGAGAGCUUUAUCAACCCCCAAAUACAUCUAUACCCUUUUCA